UCAUCUGUCUUAUCUUCUAAUAUUUUGGUUUUUCAGAAAAAAUAUUUUUCAGUUUUCUCAAAUCUUGAUAAUAAUUCAGCUCCUGGGUAACUUGAAUUAGAGAAUGGAUUGAAAGGAUGCUUGGUGGAGGUUCUGAGGAAGCAUGAGCUUAGGUGCAGGGAUUGGUCCUUUAAUAAUCACAGCCAAGUUCCGCAGUCAGUUCAUUCUAAGUUAGCUUCAUAGAUGCUGUUUGUGCUUUAUCAUUUAGUGAGUAAACGUGUGUGACCAUGUCACAAUGGCAGGGUGGACUUUGCUUUGCUUACAUUUUUAUGAAACAAACAAAUCUUUAAAAGCUCUGUUUAUGUUUCCCAGGGGUAUUAUAUAUUGGUACUCAGGGACUAAUUGAUUUUUCAAAAUUGAGUGUCUAAAACAUCUUAGGGACAUAUAAGACUUACUCAUGAACUAACAUUAAAUUAGCAAGUUAAUUAUACUUCUUAUCCAAGGGAUUUAAAAAGGAUAUAUAAAAUUGCUAUCUGUUGAAAGGAGAAGCUAAUUCCCCAGCAGGGGGAGGGGGCAGAAAACCAAUCUGUAUUAAUUUAUUCUGGAACUGCAAUGAUAUUUAAAUUAAAUCACUGUGCUUUUGAAUUCUACUGUGGGACCUGGUAUUUGUCAAUGGGCUAUAGAUUUUCAAUUUUCAGUUCUGGCCCUGAGGUCUGCAGUCUUGCUUUUUACUCUGACAAACGGCAGCCUUUUGAGAUUAGCCAGCUAGCCAGCCAUUGGAGGCUGAGGCCGAGUGACUGGAGGGAAGUGAGAACUGCCAGGGAGAUAAUAACUCAGCUUUGCUGACAUGCUCCUCAUACCAGCUUUCCGAGGGAUGUGUCAUCGUUUUUACAGAAUGACCCCCAGUGAACCAGUGGCUCUAUGGCAUUUGCCUUUCUUGUUCACUCCAAGUUCUUUACAACCAAGCCCUUGGGAUUUAUCCUCCUGUAGCUUUACACUAUUAAUCUUUUGAAGAAAUUUUAGGGGUUUUUAUCAGAUGGGAGCAGAGGCUUAGAAAAAUUGAUUCUUUCUAGAGUUAAAGGUGUAAAUCACUGAUAUUACCUACUAUCCUGGUAUAGUCUUUUCUUUGUUUCUACUAUAUGUGGUCUUAGCCUCUUACUGAUCGAAACUGCAGUACUCCCACUGUUUAAAUUCAGAGAAGUGUGUCUUUGGCACAACUGUUAUGGGAUCCACUUUUAUUAACUCUCAUGAAGGCUUUUGACUUUUGAAGUGUGAGGCAAUGAAUCUGACAUGGUCUGCUGAAUAUGUCAUCAUCAUUCCGUGGAGACAACUGGUUAUUCUCUCAUCUUAUCUCGAAAGCAAAGACAACUCUUGGAAUGUGAGUCGGAGCAGAAGCAUGUGGAGAUGAACGUGAAGGAGAGCAGCGAGUUUUCGCUCUCACAUUUCUCAGUGUCUUUGAAGUAUUGCCUUUCGCUGUCAGAAAACAGCACAAGAAUGGUUCCACCAUAAAGCACCUCGCUCUAACAGAAACUCAAUUUUACUGAGUCAGAAUAUGCCUAGGGCUAACAGAGGCAGCAGGGUGAUGUGUUCCUGUUGCAGGGUUUCCAUUUAAAAGCUGGCUUGUGUCCAUGUCCCUAGGACUCUUGUGGUGGUUACGAUGGCAGUUUUGAGACAGAUAUCCCUGGUGGGCCUUGAACUCCAGCUCCUCCUGCGUUAGCUCCCAUAGGGCUGGGAUUACAGAUGUGUGUCGUUGUACCCACUUCCAGAUCUCUAAUUGGUUUUUAAGUGAAAUUUGGAAUAAAUCAUUUGAAACUCUUUGUGAUUUAAGGAAUCACAGACAUUUCUAUGCAGAAUUAAUGGAAAACACAAUGCUCUGGUAGUUAGCAAAUUUAUUGGUUUACGGUUCAGCUCUUUUCCCUUGGUUUAACACCUUUUUAUAUUAAGUAAUCUACAUCAGGUUUAUUUUAUUUGUUUUUGCUUUACUUUCAGCAGUGCUGGGGAUUGAACUUAGGGCUUCACAAAUGCUAGGUAAGGUAUCUUACAUCCUCAGGCCAGCUAACACUAUUUAAAAUGUAAUAUUGUUAUAGGUUUUUUGUAGUUUUGCUUCUUUUUAGCAUUUGGACAUUUUCUUUAGAAUCUGGGCAUAUCUUUAUACUAAUUUCCUCUGAUUCUUUAUAAUAUGUUUUUUUUUUUAAUUUCUUUGUGGAAAUGAAAUUAGUAUAUCUAGAUCUUUCAUUUUGUUUUCUUUCUAAGGCUUGUUCUAGAACAAUAUAGGACUAAAUGUUAAUAGAUAUAUGACUGGCCCAUAUCCAAAAUAGUGUUUUAACACAGCAGAGAAUAUAUUUUUUUUAGGGUCGGAUUGCUUUUGUGCAUAGUACAUGUAUUUUCAGCUUGUUUUUCAGUAGAGAUAUAGUGUGUGUGUGUGUGUGUGUGUGUGUGUGUGUGUGUGUGUGUGUGUAUGUGUGUGUGUGUGUGUGUGUUUCUACGGCAAACUUAGGAUUUCCUUGGUCCACCAAACCAGACUAGUUCAUAAAAUGGGAUUUCAGGUAAUUUUGUCUCUGUAACAAUGGGCCCACCACGACUGGUUGGCAUGAUUAAAUGUGCAACUGCUACAUCAGUUCCCAAGGACACCAUUAUCCUGCUAUGUAAAUCGUGGCCAGGCAAGCCAGGGCUCAGUCAUUCAAGCACAGGAUGGAGGCGGCACAGUCUAGGCCUCCUAGAGCUAUGUUAUGGAAGUGCUUGUCCCAACAGAUUGUCUUUAGGGAUGGUGAUGGACAGGGAUAGUGGCCAGACAACUUUUGAUCCUCAAGAAUGGGAAUGCUUACAUCAGGAUGACAGGGGGGAGUCAUGGCUAUGACUGCCAUCUCUGUUGUCCAUGCUGUGAACUUUUGUAGACUGCUUACACACCUGGAUGAGACCUGUACCGCCUGUCUCAGAGAAUAACCAACUCUGACAUUAAUAUACACUUAGGUUAAGACUUAUUUCACUUAUUUUUAUUUCUAAACACAGUAUACCUCAGAGUAAGAGCUAGAUAAGGUAAGCUCUCGAUUUAGUUGGUGUCUGUGACAGCUAGCACAAUACCAGGGAGUUAAGAUGAAUGAUACACGAUCUCUAUGAGACAAAUACCUUUUGUAAGUAGGAAUUGCUUCCAGAACAGAGCUAAUGCUACUGAACUAUAAGCUAGAGAGUGACAUGCAAGUGGAAUGGGAAACUCGCUAUACUGAUAGAUGCCACAUAUCUUUCCAUAGGUGAUUUUUUCCCCUGGGUGACUAGUAAUUAUAGUCAUUAUUUUUUUGUGAUACAUCAUAGCUCAGAUAGCAACUAUUUUGUUUAUAAUCAGAUGAAUAAGAUAUUAUGUUUGGCUUUGUUUAUGGAAAAAGACACAUUAUGAAUUUGUGGUUAUAAGCUUGUUAGUAAAAAGGAUGAAUGGUUUCUUGUAAUUUGAAUUUUCAUAGCAAAAGAGUAAAAACCAGUAUCUCAUUGUAGCAUUGAAAUGCUUUGUAACCUUGCAUCUGUUGGAAACCCAUGGACUCUGUCAAAGAAGUCACUUGGAGAAGAAAUGAUCCAAUGAUAGGGAAUUAAGCAAGUCAAUGCUAAAAAUGAUGCUGAUAAUUGUAAUGAUAUCAAUAGUUCAGCUCAACAAUGUGGCCACUGUUGACAUUUUAAAUGCCAUAUAUUGUUAACUUCAUUUUAAGGAUACAGAAUUUGAAGGCUACAAAGACCAAGAACAUCUCAAGGGCAUAAAUGUGAAAGUCAGGACUCAAGUCAGAUAGUUUUAGCUUUGGUCUCUUAGUUGUCACAAUCCUUCCAUUAACCCAUAAUUAAUAUAUGAUGGUAGAAAAUCAAGAGUGCUCUUUGGCGUCAGCGGCAGAAGCAACAUGACGAAAGGAACAUCAUCCUUUGGAAAACGUCGCAAUAAGAUGCACACGCUUUGCCGCCGCUGCAGCUCUAAGGCCUACCACCUUCAGAAGUCAACCUGUGGCAAGUGUGGCUACCCGGCCAAGCGCAAGACAAAGUGUAACUGGAGUGCCAAGGCAAAGAGAAGAAACACUACCGAGACUGGGCGGAUGAGGCACCUGAAAAUUGUCUAUCGAAGAUUCAGACAUGGAUUCCAUGAAGGGACAACACCAAAACCCAAGAGGGCAGCUGUUGCAGCAUCCAGUUUAUCUUGAGGAAUUUCAGUCAGUCAUAAAAUAAAUGUUCUGGUUU